ACUCUCUCAACAGAAAGCAAAUAAAAAUCGGUCAAAUUGGCUGGCGGCGGACCACUUUUGAACCCGCGGCCGUGAAUUUCCCAGUUUUCCGAGUGAAAAUAAAAAGAAAAGUGUCCAAUUUUCCGACCAAAAGGUGUCCGAAAAUCGAAUUCAAUGUGAGGAAUCAAAAGUUGAUUCUGUUAUUUUGUGAAAAGUGUGAAAAUCCAUUUCCCGAUUGGGUGCUGCCAGUUUCGUCGCGUUGACCUAACCUCGAAAUUUGGGGCUUGCAUCAAAACAAGCGUUGUUUUGUGGUUUGUUUUUAUCCGGCAUUCGUCACUCUUGUGGAAAGCCAAACGAUGAGGAAGCGUUCGAUGUCGGUGUUCGUUGCGAGGGAGAACAACCGGUUGUCCCAGAAGUUCGAGGGUGUUGCUUCCGAUAACGAAUUGCAGUCGGAGUCUGAGAAUGAAGAGUUCGUUCCGGAAAUACAUUUGGAGGAAACCAAAGAGGAGGUUGAGCUUUCGGAAGGAUGGAACAAACAAGAGUACGAAACGCUGGUCCAGCAGCUGAAGGGUUCACUGCCGAAAAAAGACACCCGCAAAUGGAAGACGAGCCUGGAGGCGGUCGACUGGCAGCAGAUCAAAGUUGGCAAACGGCCCAACGACGAGGUGGAGCGAGUGGCCAAGGAAAUUAUCGCCAAAGUUCGCACCUUUCGCACGCUGAGCGAGAUUCUCGCCGAUAUGCCAGAUGUGGUCAGCAAGUUGCUGUGCGCGACCCGGCCCAAACCACCGCUGACGGCGUACAGCUUGUUCGUGAAGGAGAAACUGCCGCAGUUGCGCGAAGAGCACAAGGAGCUGAAGGUUCAGCAAAUAUUCAAACUGAUUCCGGAAUUGUUCAAAGGGCUGUCGGCGAAGAAGCGGCGCCGCUACGAGAACGACGCUGCCAAGAAGAAGGAGGAAUAUCAAGCCCAGCUGCAAAAGUUCUACGUCGACCAUCCGGAUCUAUCACCGAAGAAAGGCUACAAGCCCAAAAAGGAACCGCUAAAAACCCCUUUUCAUCUGUUCUAUCAGGAGAGGCGUGCCAUAUCUGCCAACAUAUCCUUCCAACAGGCCCGCCGAGAAUGGGAAGAGCUGCCCCUGAAGCAAAAAGUGGUUUUCAUCCAGAAAUCAUUUGAAGUGCAAGGCGGCACGGACCUGAAACUGGUCAACAAGCGAGAAAUGGAAUUGCUAGACCAUUCGCUGGGAAAACCAGAGUUCUGCGGUCGAAAUGCUUACGAAUUUUACCGGCGAAAGAUGAAGACUCAACCUGGCAAGGAACAGGAGGCGAAGAUUCGAGACGAUUACAAGCAUUUGAAUGAACAAGAGCUGGAGGCUCUCCGGGAGGAAUACCAACAGGCGCGGACCAAGUUUGUCAAUCAGUACCGAGAGUAUAUCAAAAAGCUUCCCCGUGAAAAGCAACAAGCCGAGAUCGACUACCUAUUGACCAUUACGGAGAAGACCAAGACAAAGAAGGUCAAGUCGGAGAAACUGAACACGACGGCGGAAGAGGAUCACUACCCGGGAUCGCCGGACGAUCCGCCAGCUGCUGAAUCGACGACCAUCAGAAAGAAACCUCCGGCCAAGGCCACCACCAAGGUAGCAACCAUCAAGAAGGAACACAAAUCUGAUCCUUCCGACGUUGACUCGGUUGAUCACCCGGUGUCCCCAAAGAAAAGGGCCUCCAAAACGCCGGCAGCCACUCCGGUUGCUGCGGUUGCUUCCCCCUCGAAGCGAAAGCAACCGGCCAGCGUCGCCAAAUCGGAGCCCAAAUCGGCGUCGGCCUCCUCUUCGGACGAUCAUGGAGAGGAUGGUCGAGCGCCUCCGAAGCGAAACGCAUCACCGAUCAAGAACGGCGCCAAGAAACGUACCUCGUCCGAGGAUCAACCACCGGCCGUAGCUGCCAAGAAAACCAAAGUCAAGAAGGAACAGACUGAACAGCCACCCGCGGCUCCCGUCGCCGUCGUCAAGUGCACCCUCAAGGAACCGGAGAAACCGCCGCGCGAUGCCGAAGAGUUCUACCGCCAGCGCCUCUACAAGGGAAAGGUGGGCAAACACAAAGAGGCGUACGCAAACCUGUCGUCGGCGAAGAAGCGCGAAAUCGUUGAACAGCUCAAGGCCGCCCAGAAGAAGUAUAUCGUGGACUUCGAGGUGUUCCUGAAAUCGCUGCCCAAGGAGGAAAUCCGAAAAUACAUCGAGCAAAGGGCGAAAGAACAGCACAAGCUUGAUAAAACGGAAGAUUCCGACGACGAUGACGAUGAUGAUGACGACGAGGAAGAUGAAAGCAGCUCCGAGGAGGAGGACGAUGACGAGUAAGGAAGUGUGCCAGAGCCUGUUUCGUUUUUUUUUUGUUCGUAUUAUUAAGUCUGAUCGAAUUGUAAAUGUUUGAUAGUGCGCUAUGUUCCAAUUGCGUCGGAUAGACUUAACGUGUUAGGAUAAUUGCUUUUUCGUUUGCUACAUUUCCCGAUGCGAUAUAUAUUUUACUAUUCAGAUAACAUUGAUGAUAUCCGUUCUAUGGUAAUAAACGAAACUUCGAGAAGUAAAA